AUGCGUUUAUAUUUACCAUAUAAGUAUUAUUCAUGUAAUCAUACAGCAGCAAGUUCUAAUACAUCGUUGAUAUUUGCAUUUCGAAAUGAUAUCAGUGAGUGGGAUCUUGAUGAUGUGAGUGUUAUCGGUCUAAGUGGAAAUGUUAUUAUUAAUGGUGGAUUUGAGACAACAUUAGCACCAUGGAAAUAUUCUAAUCCAUUCAAUGCCGGUGGGUUAUCUGGUAUUGGAAAUAUGAAUUCACAUACUGGAACUAAUUAUUAUUCAGCAGCAGCCUAUGGAGCUGUCGAUUAUUUGAUACAAUCAUUUUCAACCGUUACAGGUCUAUUGUAUAAUAUUAGCUUCUAUUUAUAUGAACAAAGUGCUACUGGUAGUAGUUCGUCUGAUGUUUGUUCAGUUAACGUUACCGUUAUAUAA